GAUCGAAACCAAACCAAAGCUGCUGCGCCGCUUUCCUUCUUUGAGUUGGUUCAGACUACCGGAAACAAAUCAUCCUAGUCGAGAUGCGCAGGUCUCGUUCCGCGGCGAACACUCGCUACCACGACCGUGACAGGAGAACAAGCACUCGGAGCAGCAGUCGCUACGACGACGAGAGCGACAACAGCACUUUUUUCUAUUUCGACAGCGACAGCGACAGCGAUGGAUUGAGCAGCUACAGAGGCAGCAGCAGAAAACAUACCGGCAUCGAUGAUUGGAUGUACGGCAGCCACAGCGACGAUUCCUACCCCGACACUAGGCGUGGGGCGCGCAAGGAAUCGUACCGGGACCGAUCUAGAUCGAAGAGGUCCCAUUUGGUUAUUGAUUCCGAGAGCGACGAUUCAAGCUUCUACGAAAUCGAACACCGAGGACCAAGAAGGAAUCGCAGCAACCACAGUCUCCGAACAGCCAUGAUACGAAACGGAGACCGAACCUUUUCCGAGUCGGAAUGUGGUAGUGACAGCGACUCGAACGGCCCCCACAACUUUUCGUCGAGGAUCGAACGAAUAAAGAGCCGUUCCCGCCAAUCCUUCAGCUCGGACGACGAUUCUAGGAGCGGUUCUAGGUCGUCUCGCCGCCGAAACCGGAAACCUCCGGAAGGAAUGCGACGAGCGAGAUCGGAUCCAAACCUGGUGCAGUCGGUCCAGCGACCCGGGGACCAGCAGCCACAAUUGACCAACCCAGUGGUUGUGAGCGCUCAGAACCAGCAAAUGGGAAUCCAGACUGGAAACGAUCCUGGGUUGUUGAGAUCUAGUUCCUUUAAAAGCACAGGUAAUUUUGGCCAAAACUUCCUCCCCAAUCAACAAAAUUCGAUGUCGAGGUUGAUGAUGAACGCCAAUUUUUCUAACCAAGGAAAUGGCAACCCGAUUGCCGGGGAUGGACUAAGAAGGAAUCUGUCCAGUAACAAUAUCAUGGGAAAUACGAAUCCGCGAAUGCCAUUAGGACCUGGAAAUAUGGUGAGAUCCACAUCGGGACAAUCAUUCCACACUUUCGCAUCGGGUCAAGACCAAUUUACGCGGUCAGGCCAUGGCGCCCUUGCACACAUGAAUCAUCAGGCAAGACCUCACAUGACGAAAUGGAAAUCACAAAACAGUCUUGGAAACAACGAUGCAAUGCUCGGUAAUGCGAUGUCACCGAUGGGAUCAGGAUUGGUACACGGUGCUUCUCUCAGAAGUUUUGCAAACCGUGACGCAAUGCUCGACAACCCGAUGCAACAGCAGGCAUCGAGGCUGAUGAGGAACUCCCUCAAUCAGAACACAUGCAACAACGAUGUAUUGAGUCGCUCGAUGCAUUCGGAUCGAUCGGGGAUGGUGCGAGUGACUUCCCCUUCGAGUCUGGGCAACAACAAUCCGCUGCUCAAUCAUAACUCGAUGCACUCUCAUCGACAAGGAUUGAUGGGAGACACACAAUCAUCACAAAGAAGCAUUCGGAGUAAAAACGGAUUUCUCCAUGGUUUGAUACAUUGCGAUCCAAAAACUGCGAUAGACGGGUGUCAGCAAUCAUGUAGAACGAGCAAUACGCAAUGGGAAGCGGAAACAAACAACUCCGACUCGGUCUUUGGAGAUUCAAUAUCUGUGCUGUCAGGCGCGUCCGGGGACGGUUCGGCAACAUCGCCAGUCAGUGUACCCUCACAGAGUCUCGCAGACCAAAUUUUUUCUCGCCAAAUGUAUUCUCGAAGUCGGCGUGGAGAUACAUAUUCUGUUGUCAGCAACGGAGAUCCUCCAGGAAUGGACAUGAACCGUUCAAGAAAGUAUAGAAACAACGGGUUUUCAGAUGAACAUUCGCAGUGCACGUUCGAUGACGAGCAAGAGAGUUUCAUAGCCCCCGAUGACCCUCCAGAUAUGUUCGAUCGAGAUCAAAUCGACAACGACCCCAGUGUAGAUGAACCAGAUUCUUGCCAUGAAAGUGAGGAAUCAGAAUCAUUCCGAGAAAGUGACGAAUCAGAAACAUACCAUGAAAGUGAAGAAUCAGAAACAUACUAUGAAAGUGAUGAAUCAGAAUCAGACCAAGAAAGUGACGAAUCUUCUUCUGAAUCGGACUUUGAUCGACCGAUUUUGUAUAAUGAUGGCAACCCAUCUAGCAACAGUAGCUUCGAUGAGGACCGUAGGUACAGCUUUGAGAUCAUUCUCUCCCGCAAAUCUCUAGGAGGCUCCCGUUCUGAAAACUCUGUGAAGUUUGGCCGCAGUAUCAGAGGACAAGUAACGGCAUCAAAUUGUGAAAGGUCGCAUUCGAAAUUCUCUUCUGAUCUUGCGUUCGAAUACGACCAAGAAAUAAAUCCUCCACAAAGAAGUUCUUCUUCCAAGAGAUUCAAACGAGUACAAGAUUUCGAAAAUAUUGGUUAUAGCGACAGUGUAGAAGACAGUGAAGAAUGCAGUGAUGAAGAUAGCGAAGAAGACAGUGUCGAUGACAGUGAAGAAGAUAGUGUUGAAGAUAGUGAAGAAGACUGUGUCGAAGACAGUGAAGAAGACAGCGUAACUACAACUUCACAACAAAAACCUGUGAGCUGGUUAGCGCGGCAGAUUUCAAAUCGAAAAUUGAUUGAGGGGACUUCUUCGUCGCGCUCAAUAGAACCAAAAGGUUUGAACAUCACAAGCCAUUGCGAUGGUGUUUCUCCAAGAGAUUCUGGCUUUCAUUAUGAUAGCGACAUUGAUGAAUACAUGCUUACAUCGAAAACUUCCAGUGAUUAUGGCAACGUUUUGAGUGCUGCAGAAACGAGAAGGAAAGUAACGAGUGAAGAUGAGGAAACAUUUGAGGAGAACAGUAACCUUGAGCCAUUAACCGAAUAUUUUGCCAAGUCUAAAAUAAGGAAAAACGGGACAUCUUCUCUUGGAAAAAUUCAAACUCUCGGUUUCGAUGAUCGUACUCUUACAACCGAUACGAUGUCACAAGAGAUCCCCUCAGUGAUAAUUAGUAAGAUAGCCGCUUCAGAUAAUUCAUUCAAAGACUCCGAAUCGGUACUUUCCUCGUCAACAAGUGAGACGCGAACAAAAAGCUCAAGAAAGAAAAGUAAGAAGAAGCUUUCGAAGGUGGAAACCGGUACGCAUGAAGGUCGCAAGAAGAAGAUGCCUUCAAAGAAAUCAUCAAACAAGAAGAAAGAGCGACCAAGUACGUCUKGCAGUACAAAAAAGGCUCUGAAAAAAGAAAAAUCGAAGAAAAAGAAAGAUCGAAAAAAAUCUGAUGAUAAAAAGAAGAUCCGCAGUGAGGACACCUCUCCAAAAGCGAAGACUACUGACAUCGAACUUUGUACAAAGAAAAAGAAAUCGAAACCGAAAAAGAAGAAGAAGAAGGGCUCUAAAAAAGAGGUAAGAAAAUCGAAAUCCCAUAAAAAGAAGAGUGUUUCGAAAGCCAACAGUGAUAAAGAUUCCAAGACGAAAAAGAAGGACAAAUUUCGUUCUUCAUCCUCGAGGAAGCCAAAAGAUCUGGACGAACCAGGUAGGAUCAAUGCAACAAAGGAGGGGAAAUCGAAUAGAAUUUCUUUAAAGACGUCAAGUAAACGGGAGCAAAGGCUUCUCCAAAAGGCAACAGCAAGAAAUUAUGAUGACAAGUUAAGCUUUGAUGACAACAGUGUGUUCAGUCUUUUGGACAAACUAAGAGCCUGUGAAAAUGAUUGUUAAGAAAUAAAGGUGAGGAAUUAUUGUACUAAUUAAUUUUGUUAGAAGUAGUAGUUUAUUUGCUGCAUUGCAUUACUACCAUAUCUAGUACUUACAACUUGUAAUCAGUACUAUGCAUGGAACAAUUACACAAAAGAAAAAGUAAUACUUAUA